GCCCAGAAAAAACGACAACGCGAGAAAAAUUAGUAUUUUUGCACUUCACAAAUUAAUGACCAUGAGCUCGUUUUUGAUAAACUCCAACUACAUCGAGCCCAAGUUCCCUCCCUUUGAGGAGUACGCGCAGCACAGCGGCCCGGGCGGCGAAGACGGCGGCCCGGGCGGGGGCCCCGGCUACCAGCAGCCCCCGGCGCCCCCGACCCAGCACCUGCCGCCGCAGCAGCCCCAGCUCCCUCACGCGGGCGGCGGCCGAGAGCCUCCUGCCUCCUACUACGCGCCGCGGACCGCCCGCGAGCCCGCCUACCCUGCCGCCGCGCUGUACCCCUCGCACGGGGCCGCGGACACCGCCUACCCCUAUGGCUACCGCGGCGGCGCGAGCCCCGGGCGGCCGCCCCAGCCCGAGCAGCCCCUGGCGCACGCCAAGGGCCCGGCGCACGGCCUGCAUGCGAGCCACGUCCUGCAGCCCCAGCCGCCGCCGCCCCUGCAGCCUCGCGCAGUGCCCCCAGCGGCCCCGCGGCGCUGCGAGGCGGCCCCCGCCACCCCAGGCGUCCCGGCAGGGGGCAGCGCCCCCGCGUGCCCGCUGCUCUUGGCCGACAAGAGCCCGCUGGGCCUGAAGGGCAAGGAGCCCAUAGUGUACCCCUGGAUGAAGAAGAUCCAUGUCAGCGCCGUCAACCCCAGUUAUAACGGAGGGGAGCCUAAGCGCUCUCGAACCGCCUACACCCGGCAGCAGGUUUUGGAGCUGGAGAAGGAGUUCCACUUCAAUCGCUACCUGACCCGGCGGCGCCGCAUCGAGAUCGCCCACACGCUCUGCUUGUCCGAGCGCCAGGUCAAGAUCUGGUUUCAGAACCGGAGGAUGAAGUGGAAGAAAGACCACAAACUGCCCAACACCAAGAUGCGAUCCUCCAGUUCGGCCUCGGCCUCUGCCGGCCCACCAGGGAAAGCACAAACUGAGAGCCCGCACCUCCAUCCCCACCCCCACCCGAGCACCUCCACACAGGUUCCCUCCUCCAUAUAAUCUUCUAGAGACCUUGACCAGUUUCUAUCCCUUACUUGCUUUUCUCUUCUCUUCUCUUGCUCCUUUCCUCAUCCACCCCUCCCCAUCCGGACCAUAAUAGACACCAAAACAAACCCAAAUUGGUGAAAAGGAUAACCAAAAAGAAGACAUUAUCCGGGUAAGAGUGUGUGCUGGUUGCCACCCAAGAGAGGACAGUUGUCCAGGAUGCUGGUUGGUGGAACAACCUGCUGGCCUGAAACAAGGCUGCCAGGUGUGGAUACCUGAGAAGGACUACUUGGUAUCAAAUACUUUUGAGAUGGCUACAGUCAGCUAGCUGGACAGCCCAUGCUGACUGGGGACGUAUACUUGCAUUUUUGUUGAAAGCAGAAGAAAACAGACUCUUUCCCCACCUUCCUUACCUCCUCCUCCCCCAUUAAGGCAGCUUAUCCAAGCUUGUAUUGAACUGAAUAAAUGAGUAGACACUGUGGACCUCACAAGAUUAUUUAAUUCUUAAGAUGUGUAGACCUUGAUGGUAGGUGUGACAUGUUAAUUUUCCUUACUUGCAUUUAUUUAAGAUACUGUUACAGAGAUACUGUUGUCCCCUUCUGGGACACAGUCUUUGGGGAGAGGGGAGUGCAUUUAGACUUAUGUGGAACUGUACAAAUUGUGAUGUGGCUAUAUAGAAAGCCAUGUGCUAAGAAUAAACUCCAUUUAAAAAACAUUAAAAAUCUAAGAUUCAUGUGUUUUCUAAGCUUUUCAUUAAGAAAACAAAAGUCCUCUGGAUUGAGAUACUUGACCUUUCAUGUAAAAACCUUGUAGAUAGCUUGAGCUGUAUUCACUUGGAUUCUGACGGCUCACAUAAUUUGUGUGUGAGAGUGUGUGUAUGUAUGCUCAACUUGAGCUGAACUCUUGUCAAGCUUGGCCUACUGUGGAAAAGUUCCAAAGAGCAGGAAGGCUCUUGAGCUCUGAGAGGGCUCCUCUUCUUCCCAAACUUGGCCAGUCUUUCAGGCUUCAAGUCUCUGUAAGGCAUAGAAACGUGUCCUUCCCUGCAAUGAAAGUUGAAACCGUGCAGUGCUGUGGGCCCAGGAGUUUCUGCAGCUGUUCUACACACUGAACUCUGAGCACACUUGGAAAGAAGUGGUCUCUUUGGUAUUUAUUGCACCUUCACACUUAAUCUGCCUGUUUCCCUGGAGAUAAAAAAUAGUUCGUGCAAAGGGUUGAGAUUACUUUUUGUUUCUUGGCUGUUCUUAAGGUCCUCUUCACUAACUACAGACUAGGAAUUUUUGUUUGUUUGCUUGGUUGUUUCUCUUUUUUGAAGAAGGAGCUUUCAAAUAAACUGAAUUUUACAAGGACACUCUCCAAAGUUUCUCCUGAGGAAAGAAAAAGCAUAAUAUACCUCCAAAGUUCACCCCAUGCAAAGUAGACCUGGGAGAGUUUACUGCUGGAAAAUAGCAAAACUCUGAAUUAGGGUCACUUUCCUCAAAUGCUUUGUGAUUUUUCUGCUCGAUUCCAGAGAUCUAGAUCCAAAAGGCUGAAAAUCAAAACCCACUUCUCAAUCUCUAUAACCCUAGUAUUUGUUUACUGAUUUAGAUUUGGUGCUUACUGCAGGGAGUCCCCUACAAUAAGACAGCAAAAACCAGUGCGCACUAGCCCCAGAAUAUUAGAACUGUCACCUGGCCUUGAUAACGUGCAGCUUUGAGGUUAUGUAGUAAUUUUAGCAUAGAUGGGAGUAGGUGCUCACCUGCCUCUGCAACAUCAGAGAAUUUUUAAACACAUUUUGUUUUCAUUAGUGGCAAAACCCUUUAGCCACUGUCAGAGCUGUUACCCCUUUCACCCCUGCUGCCCUGUGUGUGAUACAAACAAGGGUGAUCAUUUCUAUACCCACAAAUCAGAUUUGAGAGGAAAGUGAUAGAUACCAGUCUCUGAGGAGCCAAGAAAAUUCGGGAGCAAACAAAUACACACUUACCUUCCCAAAUCAGGAGAAACCUGGCAUAAAGUGCAUUUUAUAAGCAAUUCUGAAAGGCAUUCUCUGGGAAAAGUCUGUGGAAGAGAGAGGGAUCUUCUUGCAAAUAAUGUGGUCUCAGGCAAGGACACAGCAUCUUGGCUGUCUGCUAAAAAAAAAAAAUGCCUAGACUCUCAGUGGAAAUUGAGUGUCAAGCUGCAAAAUCUCAAAUGGCAGACUAUCAUCAUUUAAGAGCGCCUGGACACCGGAAAAGGCGAUUCCCUGAGCGCCUGGAGUUGGAGACAAUUUGUGGUUCAGAUUUAAACAUCUUUCUAGGUAAGCGCUGCUCCAAAACUCUUUGCCUCGUGGGACUUUGCACCAGGGCGGUUGGGAGGAGUUGGCCCUCCACGGUUCCUGGCAACCGCGGCCUGUUGAAAGAGGUUCUGGUCAAUAUUUAACUUCAGAGCAGUUUGGAAUUGGAUUCCUUUAAGCUUCUUGCCCUGUGAAUGCGGGGCGUCAGGCAGACAAAGAGCCUACCCCAAAGCCAGCGAUGGCCAGGAGAAGCGGUUGCGGAAGGCAAAGAUGGGUUGUGGAGAGUCAGAGGGGGUGUGCUUAUUUCUUCCUGCAAGCCCCAAACCACCACACUGAACUUCAGGGCAAAAGCAAGUAAAGGCCACGGGCACGGGCGCGGCGGCCGCUGCGUGGGCUGCUUUCCUUGUCGACCGAGGCGACUGAGGAGGCUGGGAGGAGUGAAGGGGAGGAAUCACAUCAUGCACAGCCUCCUGCAGCUGCUGUAAGUGAGUCCUCACACUUAGGCACAGCCAACUGAAGACCCAUUCUCCAGGAACAAAAGAAUAUGGCCUGAGGAUCUCACUAGCCUCAGAGCAUUCUCAGAAAUUCAGAAACUAAGACCAGAAAAGAAAAGAUUUUUAGACGGCUCAUGAAAGGGUACAGUGUUGAAAUUAGUGAGCAAUGUCACCAGGCAGAAGGCAGGAGUAGGGGUGGAAUCAGGGGUGGGAGCAGCUUAUUUGUUUCAGUUAGGUUCUUCCUGAGCACAGUUGGUUCUCUACUGGUUUUCUGCUCAAGAUUAUUUUGAGAGUUCUGAAGGGGGCUCUUUCUUAUCUUUGAGUUUAUGUCUCUAUAGGAACUUGUGUGGGGAUGGGGGUAGAAUUUGCUGGUGGACACAGAAUUGUCUUGGAAAAGUGGGUGGACAGACCUGCCUGUGGAGAGGUCCCAGAUUGCCUUGCCUUGUUAACUUAAGGCACUCCAGUGAAGGUUGAUUCUUUCUUUUCCUUUUAUUUUCUUUUUUUUGGGGGGUGGGGGGAGGGUCUCUUGCAGAGCAAUUAGAUCAUUUCCUCUGAUAUUUUUCAUAUUUAGAAACCUAUAAUUCCAUGUAUCACUCAGCUGUGUACUGAAGAAAUGCUUAAGUGCAAGUUUGGUCAGGGCACUAGGUUUCUCUAGAUUUUGCAAAACCCAGACCCACCACUCUAUAGCCAAGCACAUCUUUCCUAGUGGGCUCCCACUGAACAAAACCAACUGGACUUAGAGGAGAUGCUUUAACCUUUUGUCAGGUAAUUAUGGUCCUUUUUGGUUUCUCUAGUGGCUGUGGUGUAUGGUGUGUGUGUUAGCAAAUUCCAUACAAUGGCAGGCUGUGAGGAAGUCCGCUGUCUAGGUCAGUUAUUUCUGGGCCUGCCCCUUGCCUUUUGAUAUACUGGCCUGCCGGCCAGAGGAGACUGGGGUGCAUGGGUGUGCAGGAUCCAGCUUGUCCGUGGGUGGGAGGCUGUAAUGAAAGUUAAAAGGAUUUUAAAAAUGUGAAUAGCAUUGCUGUACCCUUGUAUUUGGAAUGUGUGUAAAGAAAUGUAAGUGGAGAUAAGCUUGUAUGUCUUGCAUGGCAUUCAUGGGGAGAUGGCUCCCAGCAUCCUAUUGCUUAGACAGAACUCUUAAACUCAAAACUGCUGGUCAAGGUUCCCCACCUACCCUCCCCCAAAGCUAAAUAUUCUGUUUGGCAACCUAGUUCCUUCAGUGGUUCCAUAUUUCAAAUAAAAGGAUUUAAGUUGACGUAUGACCACGUGAGCACAUAAUACAGCGCAUUAUUGUGGCAUUUGGAGCGGAGACCCAGGCAGGCUUCGCCUGUGAUUACGUUUUCUAGAUUCUCUACAGAGCCAGAGCUUUCCCCCAACCCCCACGAACCCACCUCCUCCUUCUUCUUCCCCUUCUCCGGAGAGCGCUCUCUGAGCCGAUUGCAGUUUUCAGCACUCAUGGAGCGGUUCUGGGCGAGUUAGCCGAUGGAAGUCGAGGCCAUACCAGGAGGAUGGAAUUUAUUUUAAGGUAUUUCCGCUGAUUGUUCAUAUCUAGAGUGAGUUAUGGCUGUGAGAGACAAAGGUCAGGCGAGGAGACCCUGGCUCAUGGACAGGACCCUCAGCCUCUCUCUUCCUUUGUUUCUCUUUUAGAACCGAAACCAUAUGAAAGAUUCCCAGUAGCGCCUCAGACUCUGAGUUUAAUUCCCUGGAAAGUGUUGGGGGUGUAAAGGAGGGGGCACUAGGGGGGCACCUAGGUGGGCCCAAUGGCCCCCAGUGCAAGGGUGGCUUUGUCCAUUGUAGCAGGGCAUGGCUGGAGUCUCAGGAGCUGAUCCCCAGGCAGAAAGAGGGUACCGAAGCCAGGUGCAGGCUGAGGUGGACCGACUUGCAGGGCUAGACUGCCUGGGAGGCAUGGGGGAUGGGUGGGUGAGAAGAGGAAUCUCUCCCCGAUGGUGGUGUUUUCAGGCAGGGGAUGGAGGGUUAGGGCUGACCUGAGCAGCCUGAGCAGCUGGAAGAGGGAAAUCGAUGAGGGAAAUGUGCAGAUGCGCUGCCAUUUUAUUGAUGAUGCUUCCAGGCACUUUGUUUAGUGCCAGAUUGCAGAGCAUGUUUCCCCACAAGCCGGACCCAAGGAUCUGAACUGGAGGGCCCGCCAUUGUUUCCCUGAGCACCCUCUGCCCCAGAGGGCUGAAGAAAGACAGCUCAGACCUAGGAGAGCCUUGGGGUGGGGUGAGCAUGCUGGAUGUCCAGGGGCUCCUUAUUCUAACAUUCAGGAGACAGAGGAAGGAGGGAGCCAGGAUUAGGUUUGGACUUCAUCAGUGUGCCUGAUCUGGGCAUUCCUUGUAUACCCCCAGCUGGCUUGGAGAGUUCCAGAACUGGCCAGUGGGGCCUGGGUUGGAGGGAAGUCCAGAGACAAGAAUCCUCAGGAAGCAGAGGCAGACAUCUCUCCACUUCAUAGCCCCCAAAACAGAGCUGUAGCCAGGGUGGAGGCAGAUGAAAGUUAGAGUGCAUGUUUCCAGAUUAUUGGGAAUACCCCAGCUAAUUGAGCUUUGGGGACCCCACACUCCUGGGAAGGGUGGAAACCCCCUGGAAAGUGCAGGAAACUCUACUUUAUUCUGCUCCUUGGAGUAGGGAAAGGGAUGCUUAUAAGGAGUCAGAGGUUGGAUUUGCCCCUUUGACUUCUUAAAAUACAGAUUAUUUCUUUCUGUACUUGAAAAAAAAAAAA